CCAAACAAAGAUUUAUGAAAUCUUAAAAAAGAUUCGGUGCCCAAAGAUUUUGACCUUUGAUUAUUAUGUUUUUCUGACACUUCCCCAAACACAUAACAUCAACACUUGACCCAUUUUUAAGAUUUUGUUUCCUCUUCAAAGAUCUUCCCCGCAAGAUCCGAUCUUCCAAAUCUCUCUCUACUACUAUACUACUUAUUAAACCCCACCAUCUCUCUUUCUUAUUUAUGUCACCUAACCUUACUUUUUCUUCUUCUUCUUCUUCUUCUUCUUCUCCUUCCUUUUAUCACAUUCAUUCCUCAGUUUCCUUUGUCUUCAAUCCAAAGCUUUCCUCUACUUGGAACCAAUCUUCUCUCUUUUUCUUCUGACUUGACAAUGGCGGUCGGUGAGGUUAUGAGGAUGGAGAUUCCAGCCGGUGGAGAUUUGACAGUUACUACUCCGGAGUUACAUGUUCUUGCCGUCGACGAUAGUAUCGUGGAUCGUAAAGUCAUCGAGAGGUUGCUUCGUAUCUCUUCUUGUAAAGUGACGACUGUAGAGAGUGGGACUAGGGCUUUGCAGUAUCUUGGCUUAGAUGGAGGCAAAGGAGCUUCUAAUCUUAAGGAUUUGAAGGUGAAUUUGAUAGUGACGGAUUACUCAAUGCCAGGACUAACAGGAUAUGAUCUCCUCAAGAAGAUUAAGGAAUCUUCAGCAUUCAGAGAAGUACCAGUAGUGAUUAUGUCAUCUGAGAACAUCUUACCUCGUAUAGAAGAAUGUCUCAAGGAAGGAGCAGAGGAAUUCCUGUUGAAACCAGUGAAGCUAGCAGAUGUUAAGCGAAUAAAACAACUUAUAUUGAAAAAUGAAGCUGAGGAAUGCAAAACCUUAAGCCAUUCCAACAAGAGAAAGCUUCAAGAAGACUGUGAUACAUCAUCAUCAUCAUCAUCAAGUCAUGAUGAUUCUUCUGUCAAGGACACUCCAUCUUCUAAACGGAUGAAAUCAGAAUCUGAAAACCUUUCUUCUCUAUUUUGAAAUAUAUAUAUAGAGGCUAAGACCUUCGCUAACACUUUUUGUUAAUAUUCCUCAUCUAAGUUUUUUGUUCAUUCGUU